GGUCUCCCCACUCCCAAGACGCCUCUAAUAAGAAGGGAAAAUGAGUCACGAUGGCCUGAGCCCAUCAGCUUCCACCCUCCUCCUCAGACCCCGGAAUCCAGAGAUGCCUGGGAAGCCAUCAGAGGAGAAACAGGGGGAGAUGGGGGCUAUGGAGAACGGUGCUGGGCAGGACCUGGGGGGCCUCACGGCAGAGGAGCUGCGGCAGGGCCAGGAAGCGGCCCUGGCGCUGGAGGACAUGAUGGCACUGAGCGCCCAGACCCUGGUCCAGGCCGAGGUGGACGAGCUCUACCAGCAUGUGCGUCCCCUGGGCCAGGGCCGCUUUGGCCGGGUCCUGCUGGUCACCCACCGUCAGAAAGGCACUACCUUGGCCCUGAAGCAGCUCCCGAAGGCCUCCACCACCCUCCGAGGCUUCCUGUAUGAGUUCUGCGUGGGCCUCUCCCUGGGCGCGCACUCGGCCAUCGUGGCGGCCUACGGCAUCGGUGUGGAGUCGGUCGCCUCCUACAGCUUCCUGACCGAGGCCGUCCUGCAUGGGGACCUCAUCGCCUUCAUCCAGCCCAAGGUGGGCCUCCUGCAGCCGGCAGCCCAGCGCUGUGCGGCCCAGCUGGCCUCGGCCCUGGAGCACAUCCACUCCCGCGGCCUGGUGUACCGGGACCUCAAGCCGGAGAACGUGCUGGUGUGCGACCCAGCCUGCCGGUGGGUCAAGCUGACCGACUUCGGCCACACGCGGCCCCGCGGGACCCUGCUGCGCCUGGUGGGGCCGCCCAUACCCUACACGGCCCCGGAGCUCUGUGGCCCCCCGCCCCUCCCCGAGGGCCUGCCCAUCCAGCCCGCCCUGGACGCCUGGGCGCUGGGCGUCCUGCUCUUCUGCCUUCUCACGGGCUACUUCCCCUGGGACCAGCCCCUGGUGGAGGCCGACCCCUUCUAUGCGGACUACGUCACCUGGCAGGCCUCAGGCCAGCCUCAGGCCCGUCCUCAGCCCUGGCUGGGCCUGACGCCCGCGGCGGACGCUCUCCUGUGGGGGCUGCUGGACCCUCACCCCCGAAGGAGGAGCCCCGUGAGCUCCAUCCGGGACUACCUGGGGCGGCCCUGGAGGCAGCGGGACGGGGAGGCUGAGGAGGUGCCCCAGGGGGACAAGGGGGACCCAGAGUGAGAAGCGCGGGGCCAGCCCGGGCCCAGCCCGGCCUGGGGAGGCUGCGGAGGGCGACCCCGGCCCCCAUCCUGAGGUCUCCUCCGCGUCCGUGGGUGGCGGCUGGCCGCUCUGCUGUCUGUUGGUCUCUGUCUCCCGAUCUUCCCCUCUCUGUCCUUAUCUCCCACGCCGGGGGGAGGGGGUCUCCGAGGGCACCCCGUGUCUGCCCACACCUGCCCCACCUCCCCCGGGCCUUGGCUUUCCCGCACCUCCUGCCCAGCUGCCUCAGCCAGGCCGCCCCCCAGCCCGCACGCCCAGCCCCCUCCUCUCGCUCCUCUCCCCUUUCCUCCGUGACACUCCCUCCCUUCCAGCCGCACAAUUUAUUUAUUCGUAGUGGUUAUUCUGUGUGUCCGGCUGGAAUGUGGGCUCCCGGGGGCCCAGGAUCUCAGCCUGUCCUGCUCUCUGAUGGAUGCCACGUAGAAGGGGUGAUCUGCCCCGUGUAGGUGGUCCACAGAUGCUGAUUCAGUAAACGGACCCGCCUGGUUUUGCACGGCCUCCCCCCGCGUAUGCCUGUCUCCCUGCCCUUGUCUUUUCUGUCUUGCUGGGUCCGCUCCCGGCCUAGCGCCCUCUUCCUCCCCACGUGCUGGGCCCACGCCCUCUGGAUGAUAUGCUUUGUCUUCUCGGUCACCCCAACCGCUCUCUGCAAAUAAAGUCCAUCUGGCACUUAGGUCCCCGUGAUGCUGUUGGUCUGGCAGUGUGGGAAAGAGAAGGCCGGCGUGUGCGUGCCCGUGUGCCCCGGAGAGCGUGUUGUGGAGGAGAGGCAGAGACAGAGAAAGGGAGAGACAGACAGAGGCAGAAAGAAUGGCAGACAGUGGUCCCACCGGGUGCUCCUGCGAGGCGCUGGCUCCGCGUGUGCGUUUGUGGUGUGCCUGGGAGUGAGGGUGUCAGCACUGUCUGCACCCACUCUGCACACAUGCGUGUGAGAAGGAGAGGGGUUCGCCACCAGAGCUGGAAAGGGUCCAGCUGUCCGCAGGUGGGUAGGAACUUGAGCGUGUAUUUCUGGGUAUUUGUGUGUCCAUGAGUGUCUGAGCCCACGUGUGUGUGUAAAUAAUGGUGUGUGUUUGUGUGUGAGAGAGAGAGAGAGAGACAUGAGUGCGUCUCACCCUAUGCAGGUGACGUGAGCGCGUGGGUUUUAUGUGUCUACAAGCAUCUGAGCCCCCGUGCGCUCAUGUGAUCGUGUGACUGCCGGGGUGAGGGGAGAGAAGGGAAGUCUGCGUGCAUCUCACCGUGUGCAGUCAGCUGUUUGCGUGUCUGUGAGGCCUGGGCCUGCAUGGGGUGUGUGUGUGUGUGUGUGUGUGUGUGU